UUUUUUUUAGUAUUUAAAUCUAGUAGAAUGGCGAGGAAGGAAGCAAUCUACACCGUAUCGUCUCUCUUUUCUUUUGCGAGCGGUUUAAGGAAAUUGCGAGUACAGAAGCAGAAAAAAGGGGAGCUUUAGCUUGUUUCGGUGAGAGAUGAGGCCGCCCUUGAAGAAGGAGCGAGCGAGUACGGCCGUCGCCGGUGGAGGCGCAUCUGCCACCACGCAGCAGCUGCAGAAAAGGGGACCGUGGACGCCGGCGGAGGACACGAUUCUCAAAGAGUAUGUGAGAAAACAUGGAGCAGGUAACUGGAACGUUCUGCAGAAGAACAGCGGCCUUCAACGCACUGGCAAAAGCUGCCGGCUCAGAUGGGUGAAUAACUUUCGGCCGAAUCUGAAGAAGGAAUCGUUUUCGCCUUACGAGGAGACGCUCAUCCUUCUGCUGCACGAUGAGCUUGGCAACAGAUGGGCUCAAAUCGCCAAACAUUUGCCUGGGAGGACUGACAACGAAAUAAAAAACUACUGGAAUACUUUGAUUAACCGGAGGAAGAGGGCGGGCUUACCUAUGUACCGGCUGGAGAACCAACAGCACAUGCCGUUAAAGAGUCAAAGGCAAGAGCAGUGCAUAGCCAUUUCCCCGCCGGCGCUCAAACCAUCGCAAGCCAUUCUUUCAUCGCUCCCUUCGGCCAUGCCACAACUUUCAGAAAAUCAAUGUGUUUCUAUCCGACAAUGCCCAAACCGAGGGAAUAACAUCUCCUUCCAGUUACCUUAUUUUACAUAUCCCGUUGAGAACUGUUUGGGAUACUUCGAUCUCGGGCCGCCUCCUUACGCAGUGACAAAGGAGCUCCCUUCAAGCCAAUUUUCUUCCAAUUUUGGGGAUGAGCAGAUGCCACAGGGCAGCAGCAGACUCUUGGAUGAUCUGCUGCACGUUAUUGAUCUCUAUGGGAUUGAAGUUAUAGAAGAGACGCUGAAGGCUGAUAUACCCACACUGGUUGACUUGAUACUAAGAGAGACGACCGCGCCAACGUCAUUGACUGUUCUUCCUGGUUGGUACAACCAUAGUAGCGGUGUGGGAGAGUUUUUGAAUGAUCCCAUGGCGGUGAUCACUGAUAAAGAAAUUGGGCUAGAUGUGCAGCAGCUGGAGUGGAUUCCGACCGUGGCACCAGUGGAAUUUUACUAGGGUCUUGGGUCCUGCUAUUGGGGUAACAUUCAGUAGAAUAACAUGCCCAGAAUUUUGCUGAUAGUUUCACUACAGUGAAGUUUUUAUAUGGAUGCAUUAUUAUUAUAUUGUGGUUUUUGACUUGUCUUGCUGAUUGUAUUAUGAUGGCUUGAGAACUUUGUGUUCGAGCAGCUUGUGGUGUUUUUAUCUGGCUUGCUUACGAGUGCUUGAUGGAACAUAGAGUAUUACAUGUGUUAGCAUGUAAACAUUAUUUGUGUUGUUGCAAAUGUUAUUGAGAGUGUAAGUGUUUGUUAGUGGAGUGAACUUGUUGUUUGUCAUGAUAAGAUUGUUAUUUGUUUUUGUU